AUGAUCCCAAACAACCAAUUGAGUCAGGGUACCCAGGAGUACAUUGCUAUUGCGAGUGAAAAGAAUGGGGUUGCUAACUCGGCACCUCCAAAACAGCACGAAAUUCCUGAUGUUGAUGAAUAUAAUGAAAAACAAAAGGCUAAUGUGAAUAAACAAAAACCCCCAGUUGAUGGGUCUGAUAAUGUAGGUAUUAAACAUCAACCACCUAAAAAAGCUAGUAUUAGAGAUAAAUCUACUUUUUCUUGGGAAAAUGUUGGUACUUGGGAUAGUGAAACUACUUCGGAUAAAUUAAAAGCUUUGAAAGUUAUUAAUAAUAUUGAAUCUUAUAUAACUGAUCAUUUUUUCGGUGAUUGGUAUUGGAAUACUUCAAUUAUUAUUGGAACUUGUUUCUUCUGUUGGUUAAUUGCUCGUUUGGGUGGUGGGAUUUUAUCAUUACUUUUCAUUUUGUUAUUUACCAAUUCGGUUUAUAGAUUGGAACAUCGAAGAUUUAAUCGUGAUAUUCGUGAUGAUAUGCAAAGACUUUCUGCUAACAAUCGUUUGGAAAAUGAAUUGGAAACUAUGGAAUGGUUAAAUUCUUUCUUGGAUAAAUUUUGGGUCAUUUAUAUGCCUGCUUUAUCUGAACAAGUUAUGUUUCAAGCUAAUGAAGUUUUGAAAGAUUCUGCUCCAGGGUUUGGGAUUGAAGCUUUAUCUUUAGAUGAAUUUACGUUGGGUUCAAAAGCUCCUCGUGUUGAUAGUAUUAAAUCUUAUACUAGAAAAGGUGCUGAUCAUAUCGAAAUGGACUGGGCUUUUGCUUUCACUCCAAAUGAUACUGAUGGUAUGACUAAACAAGAAUUGAAAAGAAAAAUUAAUCCUAAAGUUGCUCUUGGUGUUACCAUUGGUAAAGCUUUUAUCUCAAAAUCUUUACCAAUUUUGGUUGAAGAUAUGUCUUUUAAAGGUCGCAUGAAUAUUAAAUUGAAGUUAUCCCAGAAUUUCCCUCAUGUUAAAAUGGUUUCAGUUCAAUUCUUAGAAGCUCCUACCAUUGAUUAUGCUUUAAAACCAGUUGGUGGUGAUACCUUGGGUAUUGAUAUCAUGUCUUUUAUUCCAGGUUUAUCUUCUUUUGUUAAUGGGUUGAUUCAUACUAAUUUAAGACCAAUGUUAUAUGCUCCAAAUUCUUUAGAUAUUGACGUUGAAGAAAUUAUGGCUCAACAAUCAAAUGAUUCAAUUGGUGUUGCUGCUUUAACUAUUAAACGUUUAACUGGAUUGAAAACUGGUAUUGAAACUAAAGAAAAUUCAAUUAAUCCUUAUGUUCAAAUUAAAGUUUCAAAUAAUGCUGAUAUCGAAGAAAAAACCAAAGUUAAAAAGGAAACUAAUGAUCCUGUUUUCUUGGAAACCAAAUACUUGUUACUUAAUGCUUUAGAUGGUAAUAAUUUGACUCUUACUGUUAAUGAUUUGAAAACUGAUCAAGCUGAUGAUUUUGUCAUUGGUACCAUUGAUUAUCCUUUAGGUUCUUUAUUACAAAAAGAAAUUCAAACCGGUAUUGUUAAAAAUAUUGUUGAAGGUGGUAAAGUUGUUGGUAAAAUUGAAUUUGAUCUUAGAUGGUUCCCAGCUUUGGAACCUCAAAUCUUAGAAGAUGGUUCUAAAGAUGAUAACACUGAAUCUGAAAUUGGUAUUUUGAAGGUUAACUUACAUGAAGCCAAAGACUUGGAUAUUCGUCAAUCGGUUGUUGGUUUAUUAAAUCCUUAUGCUGAAAUUUACAUUAAUCAUGAAUUGGUUAAAACUACUCGUAAAUUGAGACAAAAGAAUGAACCUCAAUGGGAAAAGGCUUUCGAAUCUUUAAUUACUCAACAAUCAGAAACUCAAGUUCAAGUCCUUGUUAAAGAUGCUGUUGAAGAUAACGUUAUUGGUAAAUUAGAUGCUAACUUACAAGAUUUGAUUUUUGAAUCUUCUCGUGGUCAAGAAUGGAUUAAAACUCCUCCUGUAAGUGAAGGUGGGCCUCACACUAAAUUUAGAAUCACUACUUCCUGGAAAGCUUUGGGUAUGACUGAUGAUGCUGUUGUGAAGAGUCAAUAUACCAACUCUAUUGGUGGUUUAAGAUUGCAUUUGCGUUCUGCUUCUGAUUUGGUUAAUUUGGAAGCUGUUGGUAAAGUUGAUCCUUAUGUUAGAGUUUUACUUAAUGGUAAAUUGAAAGCUAAAACUAAUACCAUUGCAGAAACUUUGGAUCCAAAUUUCAAUGCCGUUUAUUUCUUCCCAAUUGCUAAUGAGCAUCAACAUUUAUUAUUAGAAUUGAUGGAUGAAGAAGCUGAAGGUAAAGAUAGAUCCUUAGGUUCUGCCGCCAUCAAUGUAAAUGAUUUCUUGAAGAAAAACAAAGAAGGUUACUUCCUUGGUUACGACGGAUCUAAUGAAACCAUUGAACAACCAGUAUUGUUUAAUGGUAAAACCCAUGGUUAUUUAAGAUAUUCUGUCAGUUUCAUUCCAACUAUCCCAGUUUAUACUAUUUCUCAACUUGAAAAUAAAGAAGAAUAUUUGGCUACUUUGAAACAAAAAGAACGUGAUGAAGAAGCAAAGAGACUCAGAGAAGAAAAAUUAUAUAAUGAACAUCCUAAUGAGUACGAAUGGAUUGAGAUUAAUGAAGACACUAUUCCAGAUCCAGAAAAGAUUGAAUUACCAUUAGAAAAAGCAAUUAAGUAUAGAACUGGUAAUGUUGCAGUUCAUGUUUUGAGUGGUAAAUUUGAUAAGUCCGAUUAUCGUGUUCAUACCUUAUUCGAUGAUCAUGCUUAUCCAUCUGGUGUUUCCCCAGUGGCUGAUGGUAAACUCUUGAACAUUUCAUCAUCAUCGGAAGGAUUUGUUAGGGAUUUACCAAAUUCCAAAUUAAUUUUCAGAUUGGCUAAAAAGGCUGAAGUUAAUAAUGAAAAAGAUAUUGCCGUUGAAAAAAUCUUUGAAACCAUUGAUAUUUUACAAAGAGCUAAUGCUAGACCAAUUGAAAUUAAGCUUAAUGAAAAGAAUGCCAUUAAGGUUCAAUUAGAAUUUAUUCCUUCUGCAGUUAAAUUGGCUCCAUUAGAUACUAUUUUGGAUGUUGGACAUUUCUAUUUUGAUAUUUUGAAUGCUAAAGGUAUACCAGCAGCUGAUAAAAAUGGUAAAUCAGAUGCAUUCUUAUCUAUUAAAUUAGAUGGAGUGGAAAUUUAUAGAACCGAUAAAAAGAGAAAGACCCUUGACCCAGUUUGGAAUGAAUCGGUUGAAUUCCCAGUUAUGUCGAGAUCUAGACAAAUUAUUCUAUUACAAAUUUACGAUUGGGACUUAACUCAUGAUGAUAGAUUAUUAGGAUCAGUUAAUUUAGAUUUAUCAACUCUUGAACCAUUACAAUCUACUCAAUUUUCAGUUAAAUUAGAUACCGAAGGUACUAUUAAUUUGAGAACUACAUUUAAACCAGAUUAUGUUAGACCUAAAUUAGGAAGUAAGACUGGAUUACCACUUGAUUUCAGCACUAUUUCUGGAGCCCCAGUUAAAUUAGUUGGUGGAGCCGCUGGAAUGGCUGGUACUGCAGUUGGUUCUGGUGUUGGAUUUGCCGGUGAUGGUGUUAGUAAAGGUGCUGGAUUUGUUAAAGGGUUUGGUAGAUCUAAAAAGAAGAAGUCAGAUGAUAGUGAACCACAAGCCCCUCCAGCCCCUUCAGCAAUGGAAGAAGCUAAGGAAGGAGAAGAAGAAGAAGGCGCCGAUGCAGAUGAAUCUAGAGACGAAGUCAGUGAAGUUUCCAGUCAAUUUACUGGAUCACAAUCACCAUCUAAAAAUGAUAAUGCUACUAAUAAAUCGCCAUACACCAAUGAUUUACAAUCAUUAAGAUCGGGUAAACCACCAAGUGUGGCCGCAGUUCCUAAUCUUACUUCUGAAGGAUUACCACCUCCACAAAGACCAAACGUUGGCCAUCAUCGUAUUGUUAGCCAAUCUUCCGAUUCCACUAGUGUUACUGGGAGCAGUAUUCACGCGGGGCCCGACGCGAUACCAGGUAGAAUUACUGUUAUCUCCGCGUCCGGCUAUUCUAGCUCCUCAUUGGAGGUCAAGGUUAUGGUAAAGACCAGUACUAAGGAAAAGGCCAUUCAUAAAACUAGAGGCAGUAAAUUAGAUAAAGAUAACUUGGUUAAAUGGAAUGAAACCGUUCCUUUCAAAUCUACUUCUGAUGGUGAAUUACUCUUCUCCAUUAGAGAAGUCCAUAGAUUAGGUAAAAAUGUCGAAGUUGCCACUGCCUCUUUGCCGUUAGAAAACUAUGUGGAUAGUGAACAAGAAAUCUCCUUGCCAGCCGGUGACGGUCAAAUCGACGCUCCAAAGUGGUACAAGACUGAAGACGCUAGAGUCCCAAAACAAACCAGAAAGACUAUCCGUCCACAAAAAUUACGUGCCUCCUUAGUUCCAGGUACCGUUUUAAUCUUGUUGGCUGGUAGAUUCAGAGGUAAAAGAGUUGUUUACUUGAAGAACUUGGAAGACAACACUUUAUUAGUUUCUGGUCCAUUCAAAGUUAAUGGUGUUCCAUUAAGAAGAGUCAAUGCUCGUUACGUCAUUGCUACCUCUACCAAAGUUGAUGUUUCUUCUGUUGAUGCUUCUAAAUUCAACGUUGAAUACUUUGCCAGAGAAAAAGUUCCAAGAUCUAAAAAAUCUGAAGCUGACUUCUUUAACGAAGCUCAACCAAAGAAAGAAAUUAAAGCUGAAAGAGUUGCUGACCAAAAAACUGUUGACGCUGCUUUAUUAUCUUCAAUCAAGAAAACCCCAUUAUUAAAACAAUACUUAUCUGCUUCUUUCUCCUUAAAGAGCGGUGAUAAACCACACUUAUUAAAAUUCUAA